AUGGAUCCAGCCCCCACGGCUCCGCUCCCGGCUGCAGCGAUGUUCCUGGUGGAGCUAACCGCCACGCGCCAGGAGCCUCAACCUGGCGCGGCGAGACUCGCCGGUCGCUCGCGUCAAGGCUAUCAGAGGCUCGCCACCCAAUCGAACCUUCACGAUAAGCCGCUAGUCGAUUCUUUCAAGGCUGAAAAAAAUUCGAACCUUCCCUUGCAGAGGGAUGGAUUUGCGGCAGCGGAUGCGCCUUUCAAUUCCCCACCAAAAUUGUAUGCACCGGGUUACCGGCUUCCUGAUGUGGCGGCGCUGCAAAGCCUGCGCUAUGGACAGUUUGCGACACUGAACGCGCAAAUUUCCUCGGCCCCUUUCUCGAACGGACAGAGCUCGGAGGUGGGCGUCGUCACCGCUGAAAAAGCAUCAGCUGGAAACUGGAGAUUGGUAAUGGAUUCUGCGUCCACGUGGGCGGAGUCUUGUUGGAAUGGCACCGUUGUGCAUUCACAAUUGCCAGUGCGUCCAAAAUUAGCAGAUCUGAACCAAGGACGAUGGUCACCUGGACUCCCCCUAUACCUAGUAAAUUUCCGAAUUUGUUGA